GGUAAAUUCUGUAUCCAAUGGGCAGAUACGAGGAGAUGCAUAUACCACAGGGUGCAUGGGACGAACAGGUGCACGCAUUUGGAUGUUCAUUGGAUUCUUAUUGGCUUUUGGCUCUUUGAUUGCGGCAAGUUGGAUUCUGUUUGGUUUCUAUGUCGUUGGCAAUGUAAACCCGGACUGGCCUGGGAUUGCAGUUUUCUUGCAGAAUGCUCUUAUCUUUUUUAGUGCUUUUUUGUACAAGUUUGGUCGGACAGAAGAUCUCUGGGGAUGA